AUGGGGGACGAUAUUCAAAGACAUUCAGUUCAUACUCUAGUUUUUCGUUCUUUAAAAAGAACACAUGAUAUGUUUUUGUCAAAUCAAGGACUCCUUCCUGCGGUCGAUGAAAAAGCAGAAAAACUCAAGAAAGCAGUAAAAGCAAGAGACUGUUAUUCUGGGGUUUUUGAAAGAAUGAAAAAUUCUAAAAACAAUAUCGUUAAAAAAUCAAAUCCACUUACCAAUGAGGAAGAAAUUUCAGUUAAUGAAAAUGGAGCAGAAAAUAAUGUACCAUUGAACAAUGAAAAUUUACCUCUUGUUCCUGCUGCACCAGCUGCGGGAGCUUUGAUCACUACAAACACAACAACUCAAAUGCUCACUCCGAGAAAACCGCCAACCAUGCCCAAACCAAAAUGGCACCCACCUUGGAAAUUGUACAGAGUUCUAUCGGGACAUCUUGGUUGGGUCAGAUGUAUUGCUGUCGAACCUGGAAAUGAAUGGAUAGCCACAGGAUCGGGAGAUAGAGUUAUAAAAAUAUGGGACCUUGCUUCUGGAAAAUUAAAAGUUUCAUUAACAGGACACAUAAGUACUGUUAGAGGUUUAGAAGUUAGUGCUCGUCAUCCAUACUUGUUUAGCUGUGGUGAAGACAGACAAGUUAAGUGCUGGGAUUUAGAAUAUAACAAAGUGAUAAGGCAUUACCAUGGACAUUUAAGUGCAGUGUAUUCAUUAGCAUUACAUCCACAAAUUGACGUUCUCACAACGGCAGGUAGAGAUUCAACAGCUCGAGUGUGGGACAUGAGAACAAAAGCCAAUGUUCACACUCUGACAGGUCAUUCGAACACUGUAGCCAGUGUCAUUUGUCAAGCUGCAGAACCGCAGAUCAUAACGGGGAGUCAUGAUUGUACGAUUAGACUCUGGGAUUUGGCAGCUGGAAAAUCGAGAGUGACAUUAACAAAUCAUAAGAAAAGUGUUAGAUCGUUAGUUUUUCAUCCUCUCCUGUACAUGUUUGCAUCAGCAUCUCCAGACAAUAUAAAACAGUGGAAAUGUCCAGAUGGUAAAUUCAUACAAAAUCUUUCCGGUCACAACGCCAUAGUCAAUUGUUUAGCCGUGAAUCAAGAUGGAGUUUUAGUGUCCGGCGGAGAUAAUGGUACUCUUCAUUUUUGGGACUGGAGAACGGGUUACAAUUUUCAAAGGUUGCAAGCACUCGUUCAACCCGGUUCCAUGGAUAGCGAAGCUGGAAUAUUCGCCAUGAAUUUUGAUAAAAGUGGCACUAGAUUGAUAACGGCGGAAGCUGAUAAAACGAUUAAAAUAUACAAAGAAGAUGAAACUGCUACCGAAGAAACUAAUCCGAUCAAUUGGAGACCUGAAAUAUUAAAAAGAAGAAAAUAUUAA